GAGAUUUGUGUGAAGCACUCGCUCCCGAAGAAUGGCACGAAAGACACACUUCGGCAACGGAUCCAACAGUUGAUUGAAGACCACGUGAAUUGUGAGCACAAGUGGAGUGAACUGAAGAAAGAGAUUAAACGCGUCUAUAAGGCAAACGACAGGAUCAAGAAGUCUCCCAAAAAAGCCAAACUGAAGAAGCCAUCGCUUAGUGGUGCGGAUAGAGAGGGAGACCACGACUACGACGACUACGCCAGUCAUGAGAGCCAAUCCCACAACGAGCCCAACGUAGGACUGGACGGCAAUCUCUCGGCACCUGUACUUAAUAUGCCAAACCUAACCACACAUAUGAAUGAAUGCAAUAACAACUAUAGUCUUCUGUCAUAUUUCAAGUCAACGACACCCCAAUCGACGCCUUUCUUUAAUGGUGUGUCGUCUCAACCACUACCAUAUCCACAGUCUAACCAUCCGCUCAACUACAGCACUGCAGGGAUACCGCCAUCGAUGACCGCGAGUGGAGUAAUGCCUGCAAAUCAGGUCCACAAUCAUAAUGUCAGUCAUAGCCAACAAUUUUAUAGCCAUACGAAUCCAUUCCCUCUAAUGGGACCCCAGACCGGGGUUCCGCCGCCGCCGCUGUUUAAUACCGUAAACCCCAGGCCAGCGUCAGCUCAGCCGGUAGUCAGACACCAGUCGCCCGCAUAUAACGCCUUCAACUCAUUCCCUCCCCAUCCGUAUCCCCAACAGAACUAUCCAUUUAUGGGAACCAAUCAUAACAAUCAUAACAAUCAUAAUAAUAAUUAUUAUCACAAUUCAAAUACCGCUCAAAACUUAAGUCAACAAAACUAUUAUCAGAAUCCGAGUGCUCCUGAUCUCGACCUCUUUGACUGUCAAAACCCACAAAACUUUGAUCUUCAACAAAACUAUUAUCAGAAUCCGAGUGCUCCUGAUCUCGACCUCUUUGACUGUCAAAACCCACAAAACUUUGAUCUGUUUGUCAAACAACAGAAGUUCUUAUUAUCUCAAUACACGCCGAAACAGACCACCGAUGGCGACGAUAAUGCCGAUGAUUGCGAUCACCCCAUAGGCCACGAGUUUUCUUUCAAGGCGUUGCAGUCGUUUACUACCAUUAAGAGGCUUUUGGAGGCGAAGACUAUAGGAUCUAUUUCAGACAUUGGCUUCAAUAUAGAGUUCAAUAUAAAUCUGGUGGACUUGGAUGCAAAUAAUUUUAAUGCUAAUCUGCAGUCGCUUUUGCGAGAAAAGUCUUAUCAAAUCCAACUGCGGUUUAGUUAUAUAAGUGAUGUUCAAAUCAAAGAGCAAAAGGAUUGUAUUCCAGAGUUCCUAUGCAUUGAAUGCAAUAACACUCGUGUCUUCACUUCCUCUCAGUUUGAAGAGUUGCCUACUCCGGGUCCCUUUGAUUUGAGCGAGUGGUGUGUUAUGGGGCCAAAUAAAGUCAGGUUUUGGAUGUCUAAAGAGAAAUACACUUUUUUGAUGCCCUGUCUCUACGAAGUAUCGAUCGUAUCGUUUGAAACGCCCGAAACAUUUCUCUAUAAACUUAAGGCAAACGGCACACAAUUUCUCGGCUCACAGACAACCAAAGACUUGAUCAAAUCCCGUAGCGAACAGCCUUCACACGACGAUAUCAUUAUUAGUAUUACAAAUACAACCACUAAAGUGAAACUCAUUUGUCCCCUGAGCUGUGCUCGCAUUGAGACCCCGUGCCGGACAGCCCACUGCAAACACAUGGAGUGCUUUGAUGCGCAUUCGUUCUUUAAGGCCAACGAUUGCCGAUACGACUGGUUGUGUCCCAUCUGCCAGAAAGCGGCUAACUUUGAAUUACUCCGAAUCGAUGGUUAUUUCAGUGAAGUGUUGGCCAAUACUGACGAUAACAUAACCGAAGUGUUCAUUAAAUCUGAUGCUUCUUAUGAUGUGAUAAAUAAUGUGGCAACUGGUCUGCAAGUGAUAGAAUUGGAUGACUCUUUAGAUGAUUUCGAGUGCAGUGUUAUCGAUGCCGACGGCUGUAUAGUAAUUGAUUGAAAAUUAAUUGCACUUAAUUUGGAAGUUUUGUUACAUAUAUCUAUUUGUAUGAAUUAUUUUUUCAUAUUUUUAAGCC